AUGACCAAGGUUGAGCCGGUGCCGGUGCUGAAGGAGGACCUCAUCGUCGGCCAGGGCAUCCGGGUCCAAGGGCGCGACAUCUACAUAACCGACUGCGACGACUUCACCCGCGAUUACUACCGGACCGAGCUGUCCAUGGUGCAGGACAAGCUCGUCAUCGAGGAGCACGUGGAGUCACCUCCCAAGAUGCCGCUGCCGCCGCACAACGGCUUCGGCAACGAAGAAGACUCCAUCGGCAACUGCAACGCCCUGGCGCCGAAGGCGCCCCGGAAGGACGUCGGCAAGUUGCUCCAGGACUUCGGGAAGGUGCUUCGCUUCGAGGGUGUCAUGCAGACCGCCAGGAAGGAGGACCAGGACCGGCGGUUCAUCGUCGCGACGUAUAUCGCCGACGAUGACGUCGCGGUGUGGGAGAUCAAGAACCCCGCCCUGGCACACGCCCAGGGCAAGUUCGCGGCCAAGGCCCGCAAGAAGAACCCGGCCACCGGCCAGUGGUUCCGGCCGAGCGACUUCUACGUCGGGGCGACCGUCGAGAUCAGCGCGACCCGUUUCCUGCUGGUAGCCGCCGAUGAGAUGGCCGUGCGGUUCAUGGAGAGUGACCCGGACAGCUUCCCCGUCGCGGACUCGCGUGCUGUUGCCAUGAAGCUCAGCGCCGUGCGGGAGGAUCUCCUCCGCGAGGGCGAGGAGGUGACCCAGCAGAGGCUGCUGGCAUUCGCCGCCGAGAGGAGCAUCCCCCUGAACCAGCACGAGUGCAUGACGCUUGCACGAGCGUUCCGCGCGAAGAAGGAGGUAGACACUAAAGGCCCCGUGUCCGUCACGAGCUUGAUCGCUUGGCUGGGCAGGCACGGCUGCUGA